GGGCUUAGAAGGCCCAUUAGCUUAUAAAUAAAUAUAAUUCGUCCUCUUUUAUUUUCAGCGACCGCCGAAUAAAUUUUCUCCGCCCGGCGGGUUUCGGAGAGCAGAUCAUCAGAUUCUCUACCCUCUCUGCGAUUCGAGAGAGAAGAAGUCUUUACAGUGCUUGACGAUCUGCAAAGAGUAUCCUUCUGAGGUUUUUAGCAAUGGUUUUACUACAGUUAGAUCCGUUCCUCAAUGAACUGACGAGCAUGUUCGAGAAAAGCAAAGAGAAAGGUUCUGUGUGGGUUACUUUGAAACGAUCAUCUUUGAAGUCUAAGCUGCAGAAGAGGAAACUGAGCUCUGCUGGAGAGUCCAUUGAGUACAGAUGUCUUAUUCGAGCUACUGACGCAAAGAAAACUAUUUCUACUUCGGUUGGGGCUAAGGAUCAUCUGAGAUUUCAAGCAUCUUAUGCCACCAUUCUUAAGGCUCACAUGACUGCUUUGAAGAAGAGGGAGAGGAAAGACCGUAAGAAAUCUACAGAGGCAGAGAAGAAAGAAGGCACUUCAACCACCACUAAACCCAAGAAGCCCUGAUUGUCUUCUCACUGGAUUUGCAAUUUGUUGCUUAGAAAUUGAGUUUUGAAAGAUUUUGAAAUGAUUACAGAGAUUUUGAUGUCAUCACAUAGAUUUUGGCUUGCGUUUUAAUCACCCAUCUCGAAAAUAA